GUUGACCUGACCCUCGCUGCCUUGCAGCAAAAGGCACAUGCAUGGGCCUGCAAUGGCAAAGCUUGCAAGAAACUCGGCGCAAAUGGCGUCAGACAAACAACUCACAUAACUCUGACUCUGAGGGAGCUCGCCACAAGAUUUGGAAAGGGGGGGUGGAAGUGGUGCAGUCUGAGGAGUUGUGGUUCUCUUAAGGUCUUGUGAGCGACCCGAGCGAGGGGGCCCUGUCUACAAUGCCACUCCCAGCAUGAAGUUCAGCAGCCAGUUCCGGUGGUUCCGCCAGUAUGAGCUGAACGAGGACUUUGCGUCGAUUUGCAUCUCUUACAAGAAGCUCAAGCAGCCGCUUUCGCAGUGCCGGAAGCGGGAUCCCUCCAUUCCCCCUCCCGACAUCUUCGUGUGCCAGUCUUCCCACAGACCCGUUCGGGCGUUGUGCACCGCAUGCGACGGGGGGUUUUGGCCCAUCUUAGGCAAGGAGGUGGAACGCGUGUCGAAGCUCUUUAAAGACCGGGCGGCGUUUUUGCUGAACAAACAUGGGCUCAGCCCGCUGUACAAAGCAGCUGUGAAAAAGAGGUGGUGGCAGAUGCCGUGGAAGAAGGCGCCGCGGCCCCCACAAGUGGAAACCGACGCUGAGCUGGCGGAGCAGGUGCGCCAGCUCGUGGACUUUGCGCACGUGAACGCGCUCGCGGUGAGGAAAGUGUGCAAGAAGUACGAUAAGGUCCACAGAACAGGUGCGGGUCGCGAGUACAUGCAACGCGUUAUGCGCAAAGAGAAGGGCAACAGCUUUUUGGUCGACCGUGCGCUUCUCCACGAGCUCGAAGCGCUGCACUCAAGCCUGAAUAUACAAAGCCCCCAGGACGAAAAGAUUGCACAUGAGCUCAGCAAGCGAUGCUCGUCAUUCGCGCGGCAGGGGGUGCUCUGCGCCGGGGGGGUGGUUGGAGAGGAGACUUUGCCUGGGCCGUACCCCCUGGAACUGAACUGCGCGCUGUGUUUGGACGUGCUGUUCGAUCCGGUCGGCCUCAAGUGCGGCCACGUGUUUUGCCGCUCCUGCGCAUGCAUGGCCGCCCGCGUCGACCCCAACAAACCGAAGGCUUUAGAAAACGCGCAGCCAAUCCGACGAUGCCCCAUGUGCCGACAGGCCGCCGUCUUCAACGAUGCCAUCCCGCUAGCGGAGGUCGGGGCGCUGGUGAAGCAGAGAUUCCCUAAGGAAUGGCAGGAACGCAAAGAUGCCGAGUCCGCCAUUGCAGCACACUAGAAACCCAGGGCCUCAACUGCCACUUCAAUCGCACGGCUUGUAAUCAAGCCAACGUAUGACAGUCGACGUUUCAGUAGGACAGGUUAAAUAUUUAGUUGCGUGCGGAACCGCUUCGCAAGGAAGUCAACCUCAGGCUCUCUGCGGAGAUGCGAAGAGUUGGGCUAGCUAAGAAGACUCCCGCUUAGACUUCUCGGUCACGGUACUAUAACGUCCACGUACUAGGAUAAAAAAGGAGACCGUUGGUACUUCCAGAAGUUGCUCCUUGUAGCGUGCUAAAGGUAAAGAUCAAUGCUUUUGGUCAUUCAAAUGAUGUAGAUCAUACGCUGCUAGUCAUCUGCUUGACUUAAAGGACCACGUUUGAUCACGCAUGUUGCUUCAGAAUAUCGUGAAUCACUGAGCCCAGUCGACCACGAUAAACUACACCUGGU